AGAGUCCUCAAUCGAGCAUGGUGACAGCUGUGUCCUCGGCUCCCCCGUCUGGCGCAGCCGCAAGAGCCGCCAGCCUCGGGUGCCGAUGGCCCGCCUCGUGAGUGAGUGAGUGAGCAGCCUGUCUCCACCCCCACCCCGCCAACCGAUGGGGGACCCAGUGACCCGGUGACCCGAGACCACCACCCCUAUCUGCAGUUGACGGAUGAGGCACAGGAAGGUGGCCCUGCUUCGGGUUGUGGAAUACGAUGUUAAACAAGGCAUGAGCGACCCCUGGGGUCGCCUGUGACUUCAAGAGAGAAAGAUCCCAGCGCCCCAGAGGACCCCGUGGACACUCCCAGCCCCUCACCCCGGCCAAUGGGGCUCCACGCAGCUGCCUGACCAUCCAGACCCCACCACACAGGGGCCAUGGCGGGCGCUGAGGGCUUCCAGUACCGGGCGCUGUACCCAUUCCGCCGGGAGCGACCGGAGGACCUGGAACUGCUUCCCGGGGAUGUGCUGGUGGUGACCCGGGCGGCCCUGCAGGCCCUGGGGGUGGCCGAGGGUGGCGAACGCUGCCCACAGAGCGUGGGUUGGAUACCCGGCUUCAAUGAACGCACGCGACAGCGAGGAGACUUCCCUGGCACCUACGUGGAAUUCCUGGGGCCUGUGGCCCUGGCCCGGCCUGGCCCUCGUCCACGAGGGCCCCGACCGCUGCCCGCCAGGCCCCGAGAUGGGCCCCCUGAGCCAGGCCCUACCCUCCCCGACCUGGCGGAGCAGUUCUGCCCACCGGAUGCGGCACCCCCUCUUCUGGUGAAGUUGGUGGAGGCCAUGGAGCGGACGGGGCUGGACAGCGAAUCGCACUACAGGCCGGAGCUGCCCGCCCCGCGGACAGAUUGGUCCCUGAGCGACGUGGAUCAGUGGGACGCGGCAGCUCUAUCCGAUGGCAUUAAGAGUUUCCUAAUGGCGCUCCCUGCACCCCUCGUGACGCCCGAAGCAGCGGCUGAGGCGCACCGGGCUCUCCGAGAGGCUGCAGGACCCGUGGGGCCGGCGCUGGAGCCCCCAACGCUGCCGCUGCACCGAGCACUCACGCUGCGCUUCCUACUCCAGCACUUGGUCCGGGUGGCCCGCCGGGCCCCAGCUUCGGGCCCCGCGGUCCGAGCUCUGGGUGCCACCUUUGGGCCGCUGCUGCUACGCACGCCGCCACCGCCCUCGCCACCGCCAGGGGGCGCGCCCGACGGGAACGAGCCCAACCCCGACUUCCCAGCACUGCUGGUGGAGAAGCUGCUUCAGGAACAUCUGGAAGAGCAAGAGGUCGCGCCCCCAGCACUGCCACCUAAACCCCCCAAGGCAAAGCCGGCCCCCACAGGCCUGGCCAAUGGGGGGAGCACACCCUCCCUGCAGGAUGCGGAGUGGUACUGGGGAGACAUCUCCAGGGAGGAAGUGAAUGAAAAACUGCGGGACACGCCUGAUGGCACCUUCCUAGUCCGAGAUGCAUCCAGUAAGAUCCAGGGAGAGUACACACUGACCCUCAGGAAAGGCGGCAACAACAAGCUCAUUAAGGUCUUCCACCGGGACGGGCACUAUGGCUUCUCGGAACCGCUCACCUUCUGCUCCGUCGUGGACCUCAUCACCCACUACCGCCACGAGUCUCUGGCCCAGUACAACGCUAAGCUGGACACGCGGCUCCUCUACCCCGUGUCCAAGUACCAGCAGGACCAGAUCGUCAAGGAGGACAACGUGGAGGCGGUGGGUGCCCAGCUCAAAGUCUAUCACCAGCAGUACCAGGACAAGAGCCGCGAGUACGACCAGCUGUAUGAGGAGUACACGCGGACCUCGCAGGAACUACAGAUGAAACGCACAGCAAUCGAGGCCUUCAACGAAACCAUCAAGAUCUUUGAAGAACAGGGCCAGACGCAAGAGAAGUGCAGCAAGGAAUAUCUGGAGCGGUUCCGGCGUGAGGGUAAUGAGAAGGAGAUGCAGAGAAUCCUGAUGAACUCAGAGCGGCUCAAAUCUCGAAUCGCCGAGAUCCAUGAGAACCGCACCAAGUUGGAGCAGGAGCUGCGGGCACAGGCCUCGGACAACCGGGAGAUUGACAAACGCAUGAACAGCCUCAAGCCCGACCUCAUGCAACUACGCAAGAUCCGAGACCAGUACCUCGUGUGGCUUACCCAGAAAGGAGCCCGGCAGAAGAAAAUCAACGACUGGUUGGGGAUUAAAAAUGAAACGGAGGACCAGUACGCCCUGAUGGAAGACGAGGAUGACCUCCCCCAUCACGAGGAACACACGUGGUACGUGGGCAAGAUCAACCGGACCCAGGCUGAAGAAAUGCUGAGUGGCAAGCGCGACGGCACCUUCCUGAUCCGGGAGAGCAGCCAGCGGGGCUGUUACGCUUGCUCAGUGGUGGUAGACGGAGACACGAAGCACUGCGUCAUCUACCGCACGGCCACCGGCUUCGGCUUCGCGGAGCCCUACAACCUGUACGGGUCCCUGAAGGAGCUGGUGCUGCACUAUCAGCACGCAUCGCUGGUGCAGCACAACGACGCGCUCACGGUCACCCUGGCCCACCCCGUGCGC